CCGACUCUGCCGUAGGCUUGGAAUCCAUGUUCAAUAAGGUCUGGAGUGCCUUUGAACAAAAGCGUGUGGGAAUUAUUGGCUUAUAUGGCGUUGGGGGAGUUGGCAAGACUAGGCUCUUGACUGAAAUCAAUAACAAGAUUGGUGUUUCAUCAGGUGGAUUUGAUGUGGUUAUUUGGGUUGUGGUUGGAAAGGUCCAAGAUGAUAUUGCAAAGAGGAUUGGCCUUUUUAAUGGAAAUUGGAGUGAUAAAGCUCCCGAAGAGAAAGCUGCAGACAUCUACGGGAUUUUGAGAGAAAAGAAAUUUGUUUUAUUGUUAGAUGAUAUAUGGGAAAGAGUUGACCUGUCCAAGAUAGGAAUACCUGUCCCCAACCAAGAAAAUGAUUCCAAACUAAUUUUUACAACUCGUUCUACGGAGGUGUGUGGCCAAAUGAGAGCUCAUAAGAAGAUUGAAGUGCAAUGUUUGCCCGAAGAAGAGGCUUGGAAAUUGUUUGAGGAACAUCUCAAGAAGUGGCCAAAGAAUGUGGAGGACACCUCUUGCACUCAUCACCAUCGGUCUGCCAUGGCUUGCAAGAACACACCCGAGGAAUGGCAACACACAAUUGAAGUCUUGAAGAAAUCAGCCAAUUUCGUUUUUCCAAACAUGGGCGAAGAGGUAUAUCCUCUUCUAAAAUUCAGUUAUGAUAGUUUGCCAAAUGACUUGGUUCGAUCUUGCCUUCUAUAUUGUAGCUUGUUCCCAGAAGAUUUUCAAAUUCAUAAAGAAUAUCUGAUAGAUUUGUGGAUAGGGGAAGGAUUUUUGGAUGAUCAUGACACCAUAAGUCAAGCUCGAAAUCAAGGACACCACAUCAUUGGUUCUCUCGUUCAUGCAUGUUUACUGGAAGGAGUAGAUGAUUGGUGUAUAAAAAUGCAUGAUGUGAUUCGUGACAUGAGUUUGUGGAUAGCAUGUACGUGUGAAGCAGAGAAAUGGAAGUCUUUUGUGCAAGCAGGUUAUCAUUUGACUCAAAUGCCAGAAGGUGGAAGAUGGAAAGGUAUGCAAAGACUGUCAUUGAUGAAAAACGAGAUUGAAAAUCUAACGGAAGCACCUAACUGUCCCGAUCUUCAAACUUUGUUUCUCGACGAUAAUCAUCAGUUGAAGGUGAUUCACAAUGAUUUCUUCCAAUUUAUGUGUGGCCUAAAAGUUCUAAGCCUUAGUGGAAGUCAUGGUAUAACAGAAUUGCCAGUAGGGAUUGCAAAAUUGGUAUCUCUAGAAUAUCUCGACCUAUCAAGUACAAAAAUAAGAGAGCUACCAAUUGAAUUGAAGGCUUUGCAAAAGCUGAAGUGUUUGAACUUGAAUAACAUAUUACGUCACAUCACAAUCCCAAGAGGGUUGAUAUCUAGUUUCUCAAAGCUGCGAAUAUUGAGAAUGAUUGGCUCUUAUCUUUUCGAUGAGGCAGUAGACGAAAGUAAUGAAUGCUUGUUAGAAGAAUUGCAGGGCUUGUAUCACUUGAAUGCAUUGUCCUUGUCUAUAACAAGUGCUUUUGCUCUUGAUAGAUUUUUAAAUGCAGAAAGAUCACACAACUACACUGAAGUAAUUGCGCUUGAGAUUUGGAGGGACUCAAAGCAAUUGAAUAUUUUAUCUUUAGCGAAUAUCAAGUCUCUACAUACUCUAGUAGUUGGGCGAUGUGAAAGUUUGGAAGAAGUGAAGAUGGAGUGGGCAGGGGAAGGAAGAAUGAUAAAAGCACAGAGCCACAUUCAAACCUCUGUGAUUGCAACCCAACAUUGCUUCCAAAGCCUUCACAUUGUUUUCAUAUACACAUGCUCAAAAUUGAGGGACAUAACAUGGCUUGUUCUCGCUCCAAAUCUGAGGGAUGUUAGUGUAGCAGGCUGCAAUGAAAUGGAAGAAAUAAUCAGUGAGGUAAAACUGAGUCAGGUGGCAGGGCUUGUAGGAACUUUAACCCCAUUUGUGUCACUUAAAUAUCUUAAUUUAGAGGAGCUCCCAAAAUUGAAAGGCAUUUACAGGAAUCCACUCCCCUUCCCAUGUAUCAAGAAAAUUGAUGUUCGCCAUUGCCCAAAGCUGAGGAGACUUCCACUCAACUCUAACAGUGCAAAAGCAAACAAAAUCAGCAUUGCAGGAAACGAAAAGUGGUGGAAAGAGCUGCAAUGGGAGGAUGAAUCUACUAGAAAUGCUUUUCUUCCUUGUUUCAUCGCAGCUGAAAGAAAGGCGAGAAAUUGCUAAACUGUUGUGGGGAAUGUCUACGUCCAAUGCUUCACUGUUUUUGAAGAAAUUUAGUUAUCGUCAGUCAAUUUAUCAUGAAGCUUGCUAAAAAUACUGUGUUGCUUGUAGAGAGUAUAUUUAAGUAAGAUCUGAUUUUUCCUGUUUAGCGGAUUGAGAAAGACUUUAAAGCUUGUCUGUGUGCCCAUCAAAUGUAGCUGCUGAACCAGAAAAUAAGGUCGUUGGUGAUCAUUGUGGUAUAGAUUAUAAUUACUCGUUCCUUAUUCGGAUUCCUUGUUAAAUUGUUGCUUUUCUGUUGUAGACUU